AUGACCGUUACUGCUGCUCCAGAACAAUCUUACGUUUUCCAAGCUGCCAUCGAUAAGACUGGUACCCAGGUUGUUGGUGGUAAAGGUGUCCGUAUCGACAUCGAAAGAGACGGUAAGGUUUACAAGAACAUUUUGGAUGCCAUCACUGGUGCUGCUGUCGGUGCUAUUGGCUGGGCUGACGAAGAAGCUCUUGAAAUUAUCAACAAAGCUGCCCUUGAGUCCACUUACUCUUACCCAUGCUUGAUCUCCAACAAGAAUGCUGAAAAAUUGGCCAAGUUCUACAUCGACAACUCUCCAGAAGGUGCCUUUGCCUCUGCCUUGUGGUGUACUUCUGGUUCUGAAAGUAACGAAAACGCUUUGAGAAUCGUCAGACAAUACUACUUAGAACGUGGUCUUCCAAAGAAGUUGAAGUUGAUCUCCAGAGAGGACUCCUACCAUGGUUUCACUUUGGGUGCUCAAUCCAUCUCUAACAACCCAAGAAUCGAGAAAUUCAAGGAUUACUUCAUUGACCAGAAGAACAUCUGUUUGUCAAUGCCAAGUGCUUACACAUACCGUAACAAGUUGAAGUCGGAAUCCGAAGAAGACUACGCCAACCGUUUGCUAAAGAUCUUGGAAGACAAGAUCAUCACUGAAGAUCCAGACACCGUUGCUGCUGUCAUCGUCGAAACUUUGCCAGGUUCCUCCUUGGGUACCACUCCACCACCAAAGGGUUACUUGAAGGGUAUCAGAGACUUGUGUAACAAAUACGACAUCAUUUUCUACCUUGACGAAGUCAUGUGUGGUACCGGUAGAUGCAACCCUAACGGUAAGUUGAACUGCUGGGAAAACUUCUUGGCACCAGAAGAUGCUCCAGAUAUCCAAACAGUCGGUAAGACCUUGGGCUCUGGUUACGUUACCAUUGCUGGUGUCUUGAUCGGUCCAAAGAUCAGAGACGCCUACUUGCAAGGAUCUGGUACCGUUGUUGGAGGGCACACAUACGCUUCUCAUGCCUUCAACUGUGCUGUUGCCUUGGGUAUCCAAGAAAAGAUUCAGAGAGAAAACUUGACUGCCAAUGUUUUCAAGAUGGGUAACCUCAUGGGUGAAAAGCUAAAGGAUGCUUUGCUAUCUGAAGACAACAUUGCUGGUGAUGUUAGAGGUGUCGGUGGAUUCUGGUCUGUCGAAUUUGUCGCUGACAGAGACACCAAAAAGCCUUUCGAACCAUCCCAAGACAUCGCUGGUAGAGUCAAGGAAUUGUGUUUCCAAAACGGGUUGAACGUGAUGGCCAUGGGUGUCACUCCAACCGCUAGCUGCAGCGACCGUAUCUUGUUGGCACCAUCUUUCAUCAUCACAGAAGAUGACGUUAACGAAAUUGUUGAAAAGGUUGUCAAAUCUGUCACUGAAUUGAGCAAGACCUUAAAGGAAGAAGGUUCAAUCUAA